AUGAACGAUUUACCCAAAGUUGUUUCGAACUGUGACGUAGAAUCAUAUGUUGACGACACAAAGACGUUUAUAUCAUUUUUCUUAUCAGAAGCCGACCUUGGCCUGUUAAGCCUUUCCCAAGAUCUCAGAAGUAUAGCAGAAUGGUGCUGUUCUAAUAAGCUUCUAAUAAAUCCCUUGAAGACAGAGUUUAUGAUAUUUGGAAUGGAGAAAUCGAUAAAGAACCUGCCAAACUUAUCAAUUCCUUUUCUAGGAAAAAUAUUAACACUUGUCACAGUUUGUAAAGACGUUGGUCUCACUUUCGAUGCCACUCUGACAUUUGACGAUCAUAUCAAUUCAUUGACGUCGACCCUAACAUCAAGUCUGUGUCAAAUCAACAGAGUUCGACACUUGUUCAACAAGGAUGCCUUAUUGGUCAUGAUAAACUGCCUAGUAUUUAGCAAACUUUACUAUUGCUCCACGGUUUGGUCUGGCACCACCCAAAAGAACAUUAAGAAACUACAACGAGUACAGAACUUUGCAGCACGAAUCGUAACCGGAACUAGAAA